CGUCGUUGCGCGUUCUUAUCUACCACUCCCGCAUCUGUACUUUUAUUCAGAUCUCACAGCUGUGCGAAUUUGCAGGCGAAUGAAGGAAUACAAGCUGGUCGUCUGUGGAUGUGGUGGUGUCGGAAAAAGUGCAUUGACUGUGCAGUUCGUUCAAGGACAAUUUAUCAGCUCUUACGAUGCCACUAUCGAAGACAGUUACCGAAAACACUUUAGCGUUGAUGGCGAGGAUUGCCGAUUGGAGAUUCUCGACACGGCCGGUACGGAGCAAUUCACCGGCAUGCGAGAUCUAUAUGUAAGGAAUGGCCAAGGAUUUAUACUUGUAUAUUCUAUAAACGAUCGAAACUCACUCAGUGAGCUAAAGGAGAUUCACGAUGUAAUCGUGCGGUUGAAAAAGAGCGAAAAUGUGCCUAUGGUACUUGUUGGUAACAAAACCGACCUACAGAGAAUGGUUCCAGCGAGUGUUGGCCGAGAAAUGAGCAAACAGUUUGGUUGCUCGUUUUACGAAACCAGUGCUAAACUCAACGAAAAUGUUGCAGAGAUUUUUAUCGACUGUGUACGACAAAUUGGUAAAACUGGAGGACAUUCUAGGACAAAACGAACGCUGCGAUUAGGAAAGAAAACGUCACCAAAAGACGAUAAAGUAAAGCAAAAGUCAAAUCAAAAACAGGGCUGUUGUAGAGUGAUGUGAUAUGUAAUUAUCG